GUUUGCCAGCACACCACUAGGCACGCGACGCCGACGACAGCGACUCUAUUCACAUCCAGUUCUAGCUUACCAUAGUUCUGAGCUAUCCGCACCACUCCAGACAGCCUCGGCACUCGUUUCACCCGUCGCCACUACAGGGUCUCCGCUACCCUCCCCACUCCCCCCUCGUUGCCUCCCGCUCUUCUCUGCCACCCAUACCCACAAUCCUGCGUCGCUGCCCUCGCCAAGUCUGCCUAGCAUGGACAACAGCCAGCAGCCGUUUGACCAGACCAAAUACCUGGACAAUGCCAUCCGCGCUGUCAAAGAGAAGAAGCCCCUGCCUGAGAUUGACUUCACCCUGCAUACGAUGGAAGAUGGCACCCAAGUGAGCACCUUAGAGCGCGUCUGCAAGGAUGUUCAAGCGCCUGCCUUCCACCCGCCGACUCAGGACCAAUUCUUGUCGCCGCAAGAUCGCACAAAGCCCAAUCUGCAGUUCCUGAAGCAGCAUUUUUACCGCGAGGGUCGUCUGACUGAGGACCAAGCUCUAUGGAUCAUACGAAAAGGUACCGAGAUUCUAAAGUCAGAGCCGAAUCUGUUGGAGAUGGACGCGCCUAUUACGGUGUGCGGCGACGUUCACGGGCAAUAUUACGACCUCAUGAAGCUGUUCGAAGUAGGCGGGGACCCUGCUGAGACGCGAUACUUGUUCUUAGGAGACUACGUUGAUCGAGGAUACUUCAGCAUUGAGUGCGUUCUGUAUCUGUGGUCUUUGAAAAUCUGGUAUCCAAACACCCUCUGGUUGCUCCGUGGGAACCACGAGUGUCGGCAUUUAACCGACUACUUUACGUUCAAGUUAGAGUGCAAGCAUAAGUAUUCGGAGCAGGUCUACGAAGCUUGCAUGGAAUCCUUCUGCGCAUUACCCCUCGCCGCAGUCAUGAACAAACAAUUUUUAUGUAUACAUGGCGGGUUGAGCCCUGAGCUACAUACUCUGGAAGACUUGAAGAGUAUUGAUAGGUUCCGGGAGCCGCCCACUCACGGACUGAUGUGUGAUAUUCUGUGGGCCGACCCACUGGAGGAAUUCGGGCAGGAGAAGACAAACGACUUCUUCAUCCACAAUCAUGUCCGCGGAUGCUCGUACUUCUUUUCAUACCCGGCCGCAUGCGCUUUCCUUGAGAAGAACAAUCUUCUGUCCAUCAUCCGCGCCCACGAAGCCCAAGACGCUGGGUAUCGUAUGUACCGUAAGACUCGUACUACCGGCUUCCCUAGCGUCAUGACGAUUUUCAGUGCGCCGAAUUAUCUGGAUGUUUACAACAACAAGGCGGCGGUUCUGAAGUAUGAGAACAAUGUGAUGAACAUCAGACAAUUUAACUGCACGCCCCAUCCCUACUGGUUGCCCAACUUCAUGGAUGUGUUCACUUGGUCACUUCCAUUUGUUGGUGAAAAAAUCACUGAUAUGCUCAUUGCAAUAUUGAAUACCUGUUCGAAAGAAGAGCUUGAGGAGGAGACUCCCAGCUCCCUACCUUCAGGUCCCUCUUCCCCACCACUUUCUGCAAACAUGGAUCCAGAGUCCACCGAAUUCAAGCGUCGGGCAAUCAAGAACAAGAUUCUUGCUAUUGGCAGACUCUCUCGCGUAUUCCAGGUAUUACGUGAAGAGUCUGAGCGCGUUACUGAAUUGAAGACAGCAUCCGGUGGCAGACUCCCUGCGGGUACCCUCAUGCUCGGUGCAGAGGGAAUUAAGCAAGCUAUUCAUAGCUUCGAAGACGCCCGAAAGGUUGAUCUCCAGAACGAGCGACUCCCACCAAGCCAUGAAGAAGUUCGAAAAUCGCAAGAGGUUAGCCGAGAGCAGGCUCUCGAGAAGGCUACCAAGGAGGCGGACAACGAUACAGGACUCGCGACCGUCGCUAGAAGAAUCAGCAUGUCAUCCGGGUCUGGACGUAGCCGAAGGAGCUAGUAGCGGUUUUGGGACUGACGGCUCAAUUUGAUAAGAGUAUCUGACUCUUCUUUCUGACCUGGGCAUUACACUGUCACUAGUAUACCAAUCAGGCGUAUUGUGAAGCCGGGGGCCGUGACCUAGAGGGAAGCCUACGAUGAAUAGUUGUAAUUGGGCUGAUCAAGUGCCCAUGGCUUAGAGUGCCAGCGUAGCUGGGAAUGAGAUUUUAUUUUUG